GGGCCAAAUGAGACAGUUAUGUAAUUUAAGUCGGUUGGGCCAAUGAGACCACUGUGUCAUUUGAUCUGGUUGGCCCAAGUAAGACAAGUUGAACCGGUUGUGCCAAAUGAGACAGUUGUGUCAUUUAAUCUGGUUUGUCCAAAUGAGACAGUUGUGUGAUUUGAGCCGGUUGUAUCAGAUGAGAGAGUUGUGUGACUUGAGCCAGUUGGGCCAAAUGAGAUGGGCCAAAUGAGACAGUUGUGUGAUAUGAGCCAGUUGGGUCAGGUGAGACAGUUGUGUGAUUUAAGUCGAUUGGGCCAAAUGAGACUGUUGUGUCGUUUGAUUUGGUUGGCUCAAAUGAGAGAAGUUGUGCCAAAUGAGACAGUUGUGUGAUUUAAGUCGAUUGGGCAAAACAAGACAGUUGUGUGAUUUGAGUCAGAUGAGACGGUUGUGGGAUUUGAGCUGGUUGGGCCAAAUGAGACAGUUGUGUCACUUGAUCUGAUUGGGCAAAAUGAGACACUUGUGUGAUUUGUGCCGGUUGGGUCAGAUGAGGCGGUUGUGGGAUUUGAGCCAGUUGGGCCAAAUGAGACAGUUGUGUCAUUUGAUCUGAUUGGGCCAAACGAGGCAGUUGUGUGAUUUGAGCCAGUUAGGCCAAAUGACACAGUUGUGUGAUUUAAGUCGGUUGGGCCAAAUGAGACCACUGUGUCAUUUGAUCUGGUUGGCCCAAAUAAGACAAGUUGAACUGGUUGUGCCAAAUGAGACAGUUGUGUCAUUUAAUCUGGUUUGUCCAAAUGAGACAGUUGUGUGA